AUGCUGCAACAAACCUUAAACCAAUGGAUGCAAACACAGAGGGCACCCAAAAGACAGAAGGGUCCCGAUGACACCAUGCACCAAAAUGCUUCUUUACUUUCUUUGCUUGAAAGUACUCUAGCAGAUUGCCGUGCCCGUUGCGAUGAUGACAUGGAAGUUGCACAAGCGGUGCAACAAGCCCUCAAUGGUCAUCAGAAACAGCAGCAAACGUUCUAUCCAAGCAGCGCUCCUCCAAAGUCUUCCAAAGCUGACUCAGCUUGGUGGAACCAGACUGGGAAUUACACUGAGGAAAGAAAGCCAUGGAGUUACGCCAGCAAUGAGUGGUGGUGGGAGGAAGGAGAAGCAGAAGCAGAUGUCUCAGCCCACCAACAAUGGCAAAAUGACUAUGUCUAUCACCGUGACUGGUAUCAGCAGACAGCCACACAAUCGAAAGUCUAUCCAAGUAUCACAGAACUGAGAAUUUCCGAGUGGACCAUGAAACCUGUUCUGAUCCAUUUGCAGACGCUCAAACAAAAUCUCACGACUGGUGACACGAUCGUGGGAAACAUUAUGCAUAUCAACACCAAGGCACAGCUGGAAGAGUUGCAGAGCUUGAUAGAUGCUCAUGCAUUAAAUGGCAGUAUGACUCUGAUCCUCACUGAUGAGGCCAAAGACACACCUGGUGCUUAUCACACGCGUGUAACGGCCAAAAAGAAGAACCAAGUUAGCCGCCAACUUGAUGUUUCGCUGAUGGACGCAAUCACAGGUUCCCGGGGACCAUGGACGUUGCCUCCAGUUGAAAUCAUACAAACACAAGUCACAGCCAUAAAGAGGGUUGCAGUGCGGCUGACAGCUGCUUCGCACUUCCGUGCCUACCUUCACAGCAGUGGCUACAAGGACACUCCAAACUCCGUGCUAGCAAGCGUUGCUAGCUUGCACCCUGACAUCAAGGUCAGUCAGAUAUCUGGUGGAAAGUGGUGGUCUGAGACCAUUCAGAGCAAAGUAUUCUUGAACACAGUAAUCCAGCUUCCCGUUGCUACUGCUGACCAGCUAGUGGCCCGAAGCGGAGAAGAAGGUGUCUUCGCAUGCAAGCUUGGCGUGCAACAUAAUGACCAAAAAAUCUUUUGGUUCCCCAGAGAAGGAAAGGAAAGUGAUGAAGCAUACCACCGUCGCCUUUUCACCAUUGCGCAGUCGCGCAAAGAGGGGUUAAAGCUCAGGAAAGGUGGAUCCAAUGACUUGGGCCUCUUUGCAUCGCCGCAAGACACAGCGGCCUUUGCCAGCAACUUCAGCCACUGGUGCGCCACUGGCUUUCCGCAUGACUGGCAGCAGGAAGAGGCCCUCGCAAACAAUGGCGAGAUGACCAGCCCGUGCCAGGGCCUCCAAGAACAUUACGCGCACAAACACGCGCUGAUGAUGCCCCAGCGCGAAAGCGUAGUCUUAGCCCUGCAGCAUCGGACAUGA